AUGCGAUUAGAAAUCGCUACUAAGAUGUUACUGGAACUUGAUCUAAUAUUGAAGCAGCCAAGUGAUAUAACCCCAUUAAUAUAUUUAAAUGCACCAUGGUCACCUUCUGCUACUGCUUCAGAUAGUGCUUCAGUGCAUUCGAUCUCAAAUUCCCAUUCAACGCAUAAAUUGUCAACUUCUUCCAAAGAUGUUGUUACGAUUAAGACAUUUUUAUGUUCGACAAAGUACACACAAAAUGAAGUUCUUCUCAAAUUAUUGAAUUGGGAAAAGCAAUUAGUGUCAGAUAUGAAUGAAAUGAUGUCUGUCUUGAAAAAAUUCACUUUUGUUGGAGAAGUUGAAAUAGUAAAGUUUCUUCAGGAUAUUUUUGACGCACUAUUUGGAAUUUUAAUUUCAUCAAUAAAUCAGCAAGGUGAACUUGAUGACUUGAUAUUUAAUGCUUUAGUAACUAUCCUUGGAAUUGUAUCUGAUAGAAGGUUUAUGAACUUCAGGCCAGUGCUUGAUGUAUAUAUUGAGAAACAUUUUUCUUGUGCAGCUGCUUCAUCGAGUCUAAUUCGUUCAAUGAAUCGACUUGUUUCUGAUCCUACAACUCCAGAGAAUGCUCAAAAUUUACGAUCAGCUAUAAAAGUAUGGCAAUAUAUUUUUAAAAUAAUAAUACGGUCUAGAGAAUUGCAACGAACAAAGGAGGUAAAUAUGGGAUUAUCAGGCGAUUAUGUUGAAAAACAGUUUAAAGAAGGAUUAUAUGACCUUUUUAAGAGCAUAGAUAAACUUAUGUCCAUCACAACUCCACAGUCAAUAAUUGGCACACAAACAUUAGCUUUACAACAUUUUGCUUCUAUAUUUGCGGAUCUUGGAAAAUGUUUCGAUCCCGAAAAUCUCGCACAAAUAGCUAUUCGUUUCACUGAAUCUGUGAGAUUGCCAAAAGGAAAACUCUUGGCAUAUAAACUAUUGGUUAUUCUUCAAUUUUGUCGUGGUCCUUUGUUCGAAAAUGCAAAAUCUCGUGCGAUACUUUUGCGUAGAGUCGUAGAAUGGGUUACAGAUCAUAUGGUGAAGCUGCGCGAAUGCAAUGGCAAGAUGGAAUUCGAUUAUGUGUUGCCAUUGUUGCGGUUAUGCUAG